AUGUCAGCUUCUCAGACGCUGUUUCUCCCUGAAGGCAACCAUAUCUUAGCUGUUGAUAAGAUGCUUCUCAGGAGUAUCAGUGUGCACAUACGCUGCAGAGGUUCUCAGCAACGGCGACCGUCUCAGACCUAUCUCGAGGACAGGGCUCCUGAACAUUAUGCCUCCGGCGAGGGUGCACAAGGUCCGUCUACCACGUCUACCUCGUCGGGCCGUCGCUUCGCUCCUACGGCGGGCAUCUUUGGGUUGCUUGCGAAUCUCUUGAAUAAUCCCACUGACAUCACUCAGGAUCUUACCACGCACGCCGAUAUCUAA